AUGAGGAAUGGGAGAUGGAGGGAGGGGUGUAUCCACAUAGGGCUCAGUAGGCAGACGCAUGCGGCUGUAAAGAGAGGUGGUGGGAGUUGCACAAACGCUAAAACAACCAGCCGCGGCUCGCGCGUCAGGAUACGGGAGGCAGCUGUGAUUUCCUGAAGAAAUGCUGGGAUUAAAUUGGAAAUAACUGAGAGGGGAGAACGCUCUUAGCGCUGGGUAACUUGUGGGAUAUAGAGAGGUAGGAGACUAGAGUGGAAACAAAGGAUAAAGCUGCAGAGGAGGUAGAGAGGAAGAAGAAAAGCCACAGGAUAAGGUGGGCAAACAUCAGAGCAGCGCUGUCGACCUCUGCCUGCGGUGAAGCGAUGACUGUCCAGCUGAGCGAGCUUCUCUUCAUCUACCUCACCAUCACGCAGGGCGGCUGUACGUUCCCCAACAACCACUGGGGUGAAUGGAACGACUCUCAGCUCCAGCCCACCAUCCAGAGACUCAUGAAGGGAUACAACCGCUACCUUAGACCCAAUUUCAACGAAGGUCCCGUGGAAAUUGGUAUGAGUCUAGAUAUCGCCAGCAUUGAUGCCAUCUCUGAAAUAAACAUGGACUACACAGCAACCAUUUUCCUCCGUCAGCGGUGGCGCGAUUCCAGGCUGGUGUUUCCCGGCAACGAGAGCGUGAGUGUGGACGGCCGGCUGGUGUCGCUGCUCUGGAUCCCGGACACCUUUAUCCCGGACUCUAAGCGCUCCUUCCUGCACGAUGUGACAGUGGAGAACCGUCUCAUACGAAUAUUCAGCAACGGCACCGUGCUUUACGCCCUACGCAUCACGGCUACGAUUGCCUGCAACAUGGAUCUGACCAAAUACCCCAUGGACAAACAGGUGUGCACCCUGCAGCUGGAGAGCUGGGGCUAUAACAUACAGGACGUAGUGUUCUACUGGACAAGAGGCAAUGAUUCCGUGAAGGGUUUGGACACCCUGCGGCUGGCUCAGUACAGCGUGGAGAGCUACUAUACCUCCGUGUCGGAGGCCGUGUACGAAACAGGUCAUUACCCCAAGCUGGUGCUGCAUUUCUCCCUCCGCAGAAAUGUCUUGUUCUUUAUCUUGGAGACAUAUGUUCCCUCCACUCUGCUCGUGGUUCUCUCCUGGGUGUCUUUCUGGAUAAGCCAGUCGUCCGUGCCGGCUCGAACGUGCAUUGGGGUGACGACCGUCUUGACCAUGACCACUCUCAUGAUGGGUGCCCGCACAUCCCUGCCCAACGCGAACUGCUUCAUAAAGGCCAUAGAUGUUUACCUGGGCAUCUGUUUCACCUUCAUCUUCGGUGCACUGCUGGAAUAUGCUUGCGCUCAUUUUUACACAAUGCAGCAUCAAACCAUAGUGGAUUUACACAGGGAGCUUUUGAGGGAGUUUGCCGAGUCUAACGGAAAUGGCGUGGUCCCGAUUGUCAGCUCCAGCCAACCCACCCAGUCCGUGGAUGUGGGCUCCACCGCAGAGGAGCCGACCGAGGGGCCGGCGAACAGCGACGUUAAGAACCACGCCGCAUCAACAGAAAAAGCGCCGAGUCAGGGCUGCGGCUUGUCAUCCGUGAAAGAUGCCUCGCGCAGAGCCGCCGCGGUCUUCGUCGUGGAGAACCCACACAACAUCGACAGCCAUGCCCGCACCGUUUUCCCUGCAGCGUUUCUCUUUGUCAACAUCCUGUACUGGCUCUAUUAUCUCUUCCUCUGAGUGCCGAUCACAUUUCAUUCCACCGUUCCUACCUCCUCAUUGUUGGUGUCAGCACCAGUUGCCAGUGGCUGGACCUGGAUAUAUAUAUAUGAUAAAACAUAUUUUGUAGCACGCAGAAAUAAACUGUUUUAGGGAAACGCAUAGACGAGAGGCAGUCAGUCAGGACUGUGCUCUCUGCUGAAAAAUGGCGUUAAUCAUGUUAACUGCUCUUCCAGUGUUAGUAUAGAGGGAUGGGAUGACAAAUAUAAUUUCUUUUGUCUGUGCCUUCUAAAGAAUUCAUACUCACUGAAUUUUUCCACAUCUGAGGUUACAAUCACAAACCUCAAUGCGUUUUAGUGCGUUU